AUGGGUUGUUGCAUGAAAGGAAAAGCUCAUGUAGGAGUGAGUUCUACAAAUGCAAGUAUAAAAUAGAAUAAGAAAUUGGAUACUUAAAGGUCUCGUGUAGAUGAAAUGAAAUCUGAAGUAUUUGAGAAAACAAUGUAUGGGAAUGAAGAUAAUUAUUAUGAUGAAGAUGAAUUACGUAUAAUAGAUCGAAAUCAACUGUUAAGUUUAAUAUAAAAUGAGCCAAAAAAGAUUCGUUGGACUCCCGGAUAAGUGAUUGGUUAAGGAUCAUUUGGAAGAGUGAUAGAAGCAAUGAAUUUAGAUACAGGAUAAUUGAUGGCAGUUAAAUAAGUGAUGGUAGAUGUUAGAAAUGAAGAUCGUAUAAUAGCACUUGAGAUAGAGAUAGAUUUACUAUCAUUAAUGAAACAUAAGAAUAUAGUAUCAUAUUAUGGUAUGGAACGUACAGAAAAGACAUUAAAUAUAUUUUUGGAGAGAGUAGCAGGAGGAUCAUUAAGUUCUAUGUUAUAGAAAUUUGGUCCAUUUUAAGAAUCUUUAAUAAAAGUUUAUAUGCGAUAAAUUUUAUUGGGAUUAGAGUAUUUACAUUAGAAUGGAAUAAUGCAUAGAGAUAUUAAGGGUGCGAAUGUACUAGUUGAUAAUUAAGGUGUGUGCAAAUUAGCUGACUUUGGGAGCAGUAAGAAGAUUGCAUUAAAUAGUGAUAGCACUAUAUUUGGUACUCCUAAUUUUAUGGCUCCUGAAGUUGUACAAUAAUAGAAAUAUGGGAGGAAAGCUGAUAUAUGGAGUUUAGGAUGUACUAUGAUAGAGUUAGCAACAGGUAAGCCACCAUGGCAUUAGUUGACUAAUCAAUUUGCAGUUAUGAUAAGAAUUGGCAAAGGAGAAAUCCCUUAAAUUCCAGAAGGAUUAUCUGAAGAAGCUAAGAACUUUGUUUCACAUUGUUUAGAGUAAUUAAGACUGAAAAUAUAUUGUUAGGGUAGAUGAAAGAAAACGUUGGAAUUGUAACAAAUUACUUAAACACACUUUUCUUAUUCAAUAAAAUAAACUUGAAAUUCCUUUGGGAAAAAUACCUCUACGAAAUACACCAGGAAGCAAAUCCAAAUAAUAAUAACGAUUAUUUAAAUAUCCAGAAUAAGAGACAUCUCAUUCUCCUGGUUAAAUCAAAGAAUUUGAUCAUCAAAUAUAGGAAAAUGUUUAACCUAUUAUUGAUAGUUCUUUUGUUCUCAAAUAGAAAAGGUAGUAAGAAUGA